AUAAUUAAAUGUCUGACGACGAGAAUCAAUUCGAACAAGGAAAUGCUGGAUCAUCUCACACCUACACAGAAAGUGCAGGAUCAUUAAAGAAGGGAGGAUACGUCAUGCUCAAGGGACAUCCUUGCAAGAUUACCGAUGUUUCAACAUCCAAAGCAGGAAAGCAUGGUCAUGCUAAAGCAUCCAUUGUUGGAAAGGAUAUCUUCACAAAUAAGACUUAUGAAGAUUCAGCCCCAACAUCUCACAAUAUUGAUGUUCCAUUUGUCACUAAAAAAGAAUACACUUUGAUGGAUAUCCAAGGGGAUGGCUUUGUCAUUCUUAUGAAUGAAGAUGGAUCAACAAAGGAAGAUCUUAAAUUACCUGAAACUGAAGAUGAUUUCAAUUUGGUCAAAGAAAUUAGAGAAAUGUUUGAUGCUGGCAAGGAUUUGUUGAUUUCUGUCCUUUCAGCUAUGGGAGAAGAGAAGAUUGUAGGCUCAAGAGAAGCUUAAGAUAAGUGAUUUACAUUAAAUACAUUAGUAAAAUAUUUUAUUGUAAAUAUAUUCCAUUUACCA